AAAUUAUGUUGGUUGAUGUCAAUCAUGUUUYUGUUAAAUGGGAUCUUUUAUUUGUAAUGUUUUCUGACACUAAAUGUACUCGUAAAGGGCAGACACUACUCCGUAUAUACUUGCUACUUGCUUCGUAGAUCGUGUGCAGUAGCUCAUUGCUCUUACCUUUCCAUCACAYUUCUGUGCUUUUCAAAAUCAGGCACAAACCCUGGCUUGUCUAAGUCCUUGAUAUGCUCUGKCUUUUCCAAGAGCUCACAGGUCAGUAAACAUUGUCUGAUGGAUGUCCGUCUGUAUGUGUGUCCAUGGAAAGUAAUUAACCUAAUGGUCCGUGUUGUCUUUCCUCGCCUGCGCUUAGUGAAAGGAGACUGAAAAGUGUCCGAGCUGUGCAGUGUGAAUGCAGCUUCUUGUGCCAGUGUUCAUUCCUAAGCCAUGUUGGUUAUGCUGGGCUUGAAGUGCCGUGUUUUCAAUCAUUGUGGGUAUCAGCUGAUACUGUUUUUCCCCCGUGUCCCUAGGAUAUGGGUCCAGCAGUGGGCUUCUGUGCCCUGAUCCAGGUUGUAUCACCUGUGCUGUGGGCCAUUGGAUUUCACAGGUGGUAAAGACUUGCUUGUAUUUCAUCUGGUUGAGCCCAUGAUUAUUUAUUUGAGCUCUCUAAAUGUACUGAUAYGAACAUGAUGUUCAUUGGGGUGAAGUCUGUGGUUUGGACAGUCUUACGUAAUCUGUCCAAAGAGAUCAAAAUUGUUACGCUGAAAUGAACUCAUAGAUUGUUUAUAUCAAUGUUGAAUCACCUAAACACAACCAUGUUCCUUUAGGGAGGAUAUUUUUGCUGUCUUUGCUAUUGACUCUUUACAUAAUUUAGUGUAAAAUCUUGGGUUUUCUUACAGYAGCUGUAUUGGCCUUACUGUUUGAUGAAUGUCUUGAUGAAUCUUACGCUCAGUUAAGUGCCAGUGCGACAAGUGGUGUUGGGUGAACACAUGAAACUUUUGGGUACAUAUGAUAAGCUGCCAAGUCAGAAAGACACAGUUGAAGUUGUUUGAACCUCCUCAUGUUCUAGGGAUGCCAGGUUGCAUGGCUGUUGAUGCACAUUAGGCAUGCUAACAUCUGUUGAAAAUAUAUAGUCAAGUGCUGGAAUAUUUAGAUCUUUUUUACUGUAUGCAAAGUAAUUGUGAACCCUUGAAAUCAGCAAAGCUGAAUUCAGUUGCACUGUUCACCUUCAUGUCUCAACUCAGUAACCAUAAGUAUAGAAAAAWUUGAAAUCUGUAAAUUAAGAACAUCAUGGUAUUUAAUAUAGUAUUAAGCUAAUUUCUAUGCAAAUGUAGCCUUUUGCAAAAAAUGUGUUGUAUUUUGAAGGCUUGAGRAAACAUGAAGCUGUUCAUGCAAGGAAGCAGAGAGUAAAGAUUUCAUAUUCUACAAAAAUUUGACCAAAGCAAAUCUCUAAUGGUAAGCAACAGAUGCGGGUGAAAGAUCCAUCAAGAACCAACCCUGAGAAGCCRAAGAGAAGCAAAAGGCCCAACAGGCCGCAGGAUGAGGACUCUUCAGAUGAUAUUUCAGGCUUAACCUGCCAGCACGUGAGCCAAGCAGUGGACGUGCAUCAUGUGAAGAGAGCGGUGGCUCAGAGCGUGUGGUCGAUAUGYGCGGAAUGUCUGAAGGAGAGGCGCAUGAGCGAUGGUGAGCCCGUGGCACCUUCGGACAUCUGGCUGUGUCUCAAAUGUGGCUCUCAGGGAUGCAGCAAGAAUUCGGAAGGCCAGCAUUCUCUGAAACACUUCCAAACUGCACGUACAGAACCUCAUUGCAUCGUUAUCAACCUCAGCACUUGGAUCAUAUGGUGUUAUGAAUGUGAUGAAGAGCUGUCAACACAUUGCAACAAAAAGGUUCUGGCUCAGAUAGUUGAUUUCCUUCAAAAACAUGGUGCCAGGGCUGAACCAAGUUCUUCAAAAAUCAUACGACUUCGUGAAGAAAACAGUGAAACAAGUGAAAUACUGAAAGGAAAAAGCUCUGGUAAUACUGCAUCAGUUCCAGUUAAAGGAAUAAAUAAUUUAGGAAAUACCUGCUUUUUUAAUGCUGUCAUGCAGAACUUGGCACAGACUCACGUACUAAAUGAACUGAUGUAUGAGAUAAAGGAGAAAGGAACAAAGUUAAAAAUCUGUCAUACUUCAGACUCUCAAUUGGAUCCUUUGGUGGUAAACCUUUCCAGCCCAGGACCUUUGACUUCAGCAAUGUUCUUGUUCCUUCACAGCAUGAGGGAGGCUGGGAAAGGUCCUCUUUCUCCCAAAGUUCUGUUCAGCCAGCUUUGUCAAAAGGCUCCUCGAUUCAAGGGGUUCCAGCAGCAGGACAGCCAGGAGCUUCUGCAUUAUCUGUUGGAUGCAAUCAGGAUUGAGGAGACAAAACGUAUACAAACUGGUAUCUUAAAAGCAUUUAAUAACCCAACUACUAAGACAGCAGAUGAAGAAACUAGAAGAAAAGUCAAAGCAUAUGGAAGAGAGGGUGUGAAGAUGAACUUCAUAGAUAGGAUCUUUGUUGGUGAAUUGACUAGCACUGUCAUGUGUGAGGAAUGUGAAAAUGUUCUGUUUUUCACAGUCUUUCCAGAGAUUUCAACAGUCAAAGAACCUUUCAUUGAUCUUUCACUUCCUAUWAUAGAGGAGAGGGUUGCAAAACCUGUGCCCUUGGGAAGAACAGGUAAAAGCAAAAGUGUACAGGAGGCAGAUCUUGGUCAGUAUAAUUGUUCUUCUAUCGGUACACUGAAUAAUCAACCCAAAAUUGUCAAGAAACACACAUUAACAAAAGAUAAGAAUCAGUUGAACCAUGAGAGACGGCUUGCCAGAAAAGCUUCCUCAAAGGAAGAAGAAAGAAGUCCUGUUAUCAUGCAGGAAAAAGCCAAAAAGCUUGAGCUGGAAGGUAGCUCUGGCAUCCUGUGCUCCAAAGACACCACUGCUGAGGCGGCUGUCAAUGGAAGCCAGACGGAGGGCAGUGAGAAGGAAGCCAGCCGCUCCGAAAGCAGCUUUGAUGCAGACAGUGAAGCCUCAGAAAGUGAAAGUGCUUCCAAACAAACAACCUUGAGCCCACCCAGCAGCCUGUCUGGUGUGCCUGUCAACCACAUAAACCCUAAAAUGCCGCACAAGCCAAGCGACAGCAACGAAGAGAUGGUUUCCAGUGCCAUAUCCAAGCUUAGCUUCUGUGAUCCUAUAAAUGAAGAUAAAAAAUCAAGCUGUGGAGAUCCAGCAUUAGAUGUAUCAAAUUCCAUGUUCCCAGUAGGCAAAUCCUCAAUAUCCCAAAACCCUCAAAAUGCUUUCCAGACGCUUUCCCAAAGCUACAUAACUAGCUCAAAGGAAUGUUCUGUMCAGUCCUGCCUUUACCAGUUCACCUCGGUAGAGCUCUUAAUGGGGAACAACAAGCUUUUAUGUGAGAGCUGCACUGAAAGGAAACAGAAAUAUCAGAAGAAAACCAACUCCACAGAAAAGAAAAUGGAAGGUGUCUACACAAAUGCUCGGAAACAACUGUUGAUUUCUUCAGUUCCUGCUAUUCUUAUUCUCCACCUGAAAAGAUUCCACCAGGCUGGUUUGAGUCUACGGAAAGUAAACAGGCAUGUGGAUUUCCCAUUGAUUUUAGACUUAGCACCCUUUUGUGCGGCAUCUUGCAAGAAUGUUAUGGAUGGUGCAAGAGUGCUGUAUAGUCUUUAUGGAAUAGUGGAGCACAGCGGGUCAAUGAGAGGUGGUCAUUAUGCGGCAUAUGUGAAAGUCAGGACAUCCUCCAAGAAAUUGCUAGAGCAUAUUUCUACCACUAAGACUGUUCUGGGUUUAAAAGAAGCCAUGGGAGCAUCAGGAGGACAGUGGGUGUACGUUAGUGAUGCCCAUGUUCAGAUGGUUCCAGAAUCAAGAGUACUAAAUGCACAAGCAUAUCUACUUUUUUAUGAAAGAUUAUUACUAUAAUUCUUAACAGUUUAAUUUCAAAGAUGGUAGAAGUUAUUUAGUUUAUCUUAUUUAAAGCUGCAGUGGUAAGAGUACCUGUAAAUAUUGUGCCUUUAUCUUGUAGAGAAUUUAUCAUAUUUUGACUCUGAAGUUCAGUAAGCUAUUAUAAAUAUCUGAAUGAUUCUCCUAAAGUAUGCACUUUGCCAAACAUUAAAAAAUUCUGGGUUCAUUAAAAUGCAGUACUGUUAGAAUGUAAGAUGAUGUCCUAUCCUACUGAGGUCUAGGGAAAGUUUGUUUUUGAUUGUAAUAAAGAUAAGCUUUCACCCAUAGUUCUAGAACAGCUGAGAAUAGAAAUACUGAUAGUGCUAAGUGCCUGGAUUUGCUGGUGUACAGUAACAGUACAAAGUGUUCAACUGCUUUUGAUCCAGUCCAGACCCUUCCCAUCACUGGGCUGGAUAUCAGCUGUUAAGAUUUCUGCAAACAAGAACCUGUCAAAUUGUGUUGCUUCCGUGUUUAGUAGUUGGAAAGCAGAGUCUUUCCAGAGUGGAGUAACAACAGCUGUGUCUGGGUAAUGCUUCAGUGCAUUUUUCUGAUAAAAGCUGGGAGUAGAUUGGGAAAACAUGGCUUCUAAAUAGUGACAGUGAAUCCUCAGAUACCCAGUACCCUUUCAGCUGUCUCCAACUGGCACUGGUAUAGCAAYGUACUCCUGUUUCAAUAUAAAUAUGUACUUGGUGUGCAUAAGUAUAUCCUCAAGAUAUAUACACACACCAUAAAUGCAUCAGUAGAUAUUGUUAUUUUACCUACUAGGAAAAAGAAUUGCAAAUAAUUUCUCUAUUUAGUAAUUUUUCAACUUCACAGUUAUGACAAUGUACAGCAUAUAAGCUUGUGUAUGUACAAAGUUUAAGCRUAAUUCAGUAAAUUCUGUUACUUUUGGUUCCAAACAUGAACUUGUUUAUCUGUUCCUGAAUAUUUUUCUCAAAGGAGUAAUAAACUAUAAAUUAUUUUUGCACCGUGUGUGUGAAUUGGACAGUAAAUGAUGACUUUUGCCCUCUGAUAUGUCUGGACUUCGUUUUGUCAGCAGUGGGGGACAGCAGGUGUCCUAGUGGCAGACUGGUUUCUGUAGACUGUUUGACUGCCCUGUUUGGAGGUGUUAUUUCCUUUGGUAUUUCUCAUUUCUGUCCCAGAGUAACAGAUACAUUUUAAGGUCAAGACCUGCUGCCUACUUUGAAGUUAUGUGGUAAUUAAAGUAUUUAAUAAGCAGUUACUUAAAUACAAAUUACUUCUCUAAUAGUUCCAUCCUAUACGACUUGCUGUUUGGUAGAGAAAAAAAAGGUUUUUUAUGCUUACUGUUUUCAUUUAUGGUAACUUYUUUAAAUUAAAGAAACAUGCUGUCCCUAUUAGUAUCAAUAUCACAUGUUGUCAUACCUACCUGCCUGACUCUCCUAUUCUCUAAUUCUGUUUCAGAGCUUCGUCCCACUUGUAUUCCCUCUUUUGCAUAAUAAAAUGGCACAACCUGCUAGAAUUGUAUUUGCUCAAACUGCUGAGGUAUAUCUUACAGGCACAUUACUUGCACAUUCUUGUGCAGGCACUAAGGAUUUUUAGGCCAUACAGCUGGUUGCCAUAACGGGGUGGGCCCUUGGUUGCACAGGGUUUUAUUUUCCAAAGGAAAACUCCUCUAUUUAGAUAAAAUUUAGGCUAUGUGUUUUGGCCAAGAUAAUAUUUUUUUUCCCUUCUACAAAUUAACAUUGUUUCAGUCUACUCUAAAGUAGUAAAACUCAGAGAAACCAAGCAGCCAGCUUUACCCAUCUAUAUUCCAGCAAACAACAUCUUAACCUGAGUCUACAUUAAGUAAGAAAGAAAGAUAAUCUUUAGACGAGAGUUGGUUAAAAUACCUUAAUUCUCUUUUAGGUCCUUCCCAUACCAUUCAUCCACCUACUCACACCUUCCUCCUCUUUGUACAUAACUGAUCAAAACAGGCAACAGUCAUAGCAAAUAGCAACUAAGUGGCACUUGUGUGACACAGUCUUGCUAUGCAGAGGGGAACACAGAUGGAGUGGAUCCCCCACCUGAAAGCAGACAGACUGAGUACCUGAGGCCCAAGUUCCUUCUUUUGCUGAUUUCUGUAAAAACUACUGAUUUUAAGUACCUGUAUUAAUCUUCUACUUUUUUAAACUAGAACUACCUCCCUAGACUGCGGAAUAGGAGAGAAACAGAACAAGGUUUAACCUGUUACUUCUUAUUAAUUAAUAUUUUAAUGCUGUUUUCAGGAAAUUCCUGAGGUGCUCUUUGCUUCUUUUUAACUGGAGUUUGCAAACUGUUUGGAUUGCUGAAAUUUUACCAAGUGGACAUAACUCACUAGGAUGCCAUAAAAGAUGCUGGCAGGAUUAUUUUCUUAUUAACAGCCAGGGAACAAUUACUUAUAUUAAGGUAUUUUAUAGAACAUGGAGAGAAAGUGCCAUGAAAAAGACACAAUGCCUUUGUCUGAGACAGCAAUCACUGUUGCUCCUGUAUGAGAUGCUCUGAGUUGAAAUAAAAAGCUGUGUUAGCAGGAAUUGUAGUAAGCCCAGAGUCAGGAAUAGGUAUGAAAAUAUAGAAGGAAUCAUCCCC